UAGCAUGAUAAAAGAUGUGAGUUGUCGCUGCGUUGUUGUUUUCAUCCUCUGUUCCUUGUUCCACUCUUCUCUACCCUUCCCCAAUGAACUCAGGAUAGGUCUGUUAUCGUACAAAGGACUGGACGAGGUAGACAAGGCGUUUAGCUAUGCGUUAGAUGAGAUAAACGGAAACAGAACAGUACUUCCUCACACCACCCUGAAACCUGUCAUCAUGGAGAUGGACUCCCCCGAGGACUCUCCCAGUGCUAUCAUCAGAAAUGUGUUGGACCUGGUGAACAAGAGAGUAUCAUGUGUGAUAGGUCCCUUCAGAUCAUCUCACGCUCAGAUGGCUUCCUAUAUUCUCAGUGAGCUCAGAAUACCAAUGAUAACCCCCACUGCUACAGACCCGUUCCUACGUAACGAACUAUGGUCCGGAUUCUUACUGCACCUCCAACCACUGGACAAGUACCAGAGUUUAGCGUUACUGGACCUGGCAGAGACUAUGAAGUGGAAUAGUGUAGCGAUUAUCAGCAGUAUGGAUAGUUACGGUAUUAACGGAUUGAUAACGUUUCAAAGAUACUCCAAUAAAAGAAAGAUAAAGAUUUUAGCGAACGAGAAUCCCCUUACCCAAGAUGUCAAUAAUAUCGACGUUAGUAAACAGAUUCAGAACCUAAAGAGGAGCGAGUCUCGUAUUUUCAUUAUGAACGUACACAGUGGUUACGCUAGACCCAUACUCAAGGCGGCCCAGGAUAUCGGUCUUAUUGGUCCACAGUACGCGUGGGUCGUUACUGAUGGAACUAUAAACGAUGCACAAAACCUGCUAAACAAAACGAGUAACAAGUUUGAAGAGUACGUGCAAGGUGUGAUAGGGUUUGUGCCUGCCACCACUAACUCACCCACCAAGGAGAAAAUACGAAGAGCUCUCCAGAGAUCGCUGGGAGGUCCUAAGAGAGAGACUGAAGAAACGGAGUCUGAAUCUAUAGGGGUGGAUUUACGGAACAGAGCUUAUCUAACAUACGACAGUGUGUGGGUAGUAGCUAACGCUUUGAGAACAGUAAUGCACGAGGAUCACCUGGAGAUCAACCCACCUAUAUUGGACUUCUGGUCAACUCCAGUGCGCCAUUACAAUGAAGGCAAGAUGCUGCUUCAUUACAUGUUGGAGUCGAGUUUUGAAGGAGUCACUUCUAAAAUACAGUUUGAUGACCAAGGGGGACCUGUCUCCAAGAGAUAUGAUCUCGUAAACUUCAGAUACAAGAAGAUUUACAAGGUGGGAGAGUGGUCGCCUACGAUAAACCUGGAGUCUGGAAUGAGACUGGCACUUAACAAGAGUGAGAAUAUCAUGUGGAACGGCAGGGUUACUGACGUGCCAACCAGCGCAGUUAGGAGUCUGAAGGGAAGGAUUCUCAGAUUGGGCAUCACACAGGAAGCUCCCUUUAUCAAGAUAGACAGAAACUGUACCCUGAAGACUCCUAACGACACUAAACUCUGUUACUCUGGUCUUUGUAUUGAGUUGAUUGAGAGGCUGGCUCAGCAUCUUGAGUUCGACUAUAUUUUCGUGGAGUCAGCGGACAAGAAGUUCGGGUCCCCAGAACCUAAUGGGUCCUGGAACGGGCUAAUCAAGAUGCUGUUAGAUGGAGAUAUUGAUGUUGGGGCAGUAAACUUUGCUAUGAACAAGGCCAGAGAGAGAGCUAUUGAUUUCUCUAUCCCUUUUAUAAAUACUGGUCUUGUCAUGACUACAAAGAUCAAGGAGGCUAAAAGUGACCCCUUCUUCUGGACCAAACCCUUCGAUGUUGAUCUCUGGUACGCUAUCUUAGCUUUUGCAGUAUUGAUGGUUCUCCUAAUAUGGUUGUAUGAUCAUAUGUCUCCAUUCGGGUUCUACGGUCGGAGGAUGCACGCAGCUCUGCGGUGCUCCUGUAAGUCCUGUGAAGUGUUCAGAUGUAAUAAGGAGAUGAAGAUAACAGCUGAUGAAGGGGUUGAUAACUGCAUGUUUGAGACAAGACUAAGUGACCCUAGUGAGAAUAAAGAGGAGCUAAUGAAUGUAGGGAACUCUCUGUGGAUGAUAGCAGCCUGUUUGUUCAGCAUCGGACCAGUCGAGGGAGUGCCACGUAACAUGUCAGGCAGAGUUAUUCUAGCAAUGUGGUGGUUCAUGAUCCUCAUCGUAACGGCUAUGUACACCGCCAACUUGGCAGCUUUCUUGACAGUGACACGGAUGGAGAACGGUAUAAACUCAAUAUCAGAUCUGAUUACACAAGAUGAAGUAAAGUGGGGGACGGUAAAUGGGACUAAUGCAGAGAUUCUACUGGGAGCAGCAAAGUCUUCUGAGCUGGAGGAAGUUUACAAGCGGAUGGACAGUGUGGCGUCAGUGGAAGAGGGUUUCAUGAGAGCAAGAGAAGAAGAAUACAUUUUCUUCUACGGUGGAGCCAUUGUUACAUUCGAGGCUAACACUAAACCUUGCAACCUUCAGAUCAUUGGGGAACAGCUCUUUUCUUUUGGGUACGCGUUUGGGUUCCCCCCGAACUCUCCCUACCUGGAAACCUUCAACGCAGCUCUGCUAACACUGAGUGAGCAGAAUGAGCUGGAUGCUCUCUGGAAGAAGUGGAGUAAGGGAGAUUGCGCUUCUAAGGGCAAAACUACUAGAUCAUCCUCGUUAAACCUGGCUAAUAUCUACGGGCUGUGUUACACUUUCUUUGUGGUUAUAGCAGUGUCUGGAGUCAUCCUCAUUGGGGAGAUAUUGUAUGAGAGUAUUAUGGAUGUCAAGAGAUUUAAAACGUCGUUUAUGAACGCGGUAAAGUACAGACUUAUUUACAUCUGGAAAAGGCCCGAAUACCAAAACUGCAAGUAUAAGGAGUGGGAGCCAACAGAGGAUGGUGCAAUCAGUUCCGAUAGGAAAACAGACGAUAUCAACGUCAGGGAACUCAUUCAGAUGAUAGAAUAUGAUGGGAAAACUAAACUGUCCACAAAAUCCGACGAUGCCUACAUAGCAUUAGCCAAUGCAUCGGAUAAGGCUACCGGGGACCUAGGCAACGAGACACCAGAGGACACAGACAAACAAGUCUUAUUGUAUCCUGAGAAAGGCUUCACACAAGCGAACGGAUACCCCAUUAAAAUAGAAGGACGUCCCCUAGGUAACGGUAAAGAUCACCACAACAGCUACAAACCCUCCUUAGACAUACCCUCUAAAAGGGACGCGGGGGUGCCAGCCCGACCUUACCACCACAACUCAAUGCCAGAGGGGUUCAACAACCAGUCACCUACAGACAGUGACAGUCUGGUGAGAGGGGUGAACCCUUACACCAGUAGCAAAUCCCUGCCCAAACCCCGCUCCCGGAACCCGGCACGCCCCAUCUCCAACAAGCGGACCAACUCCGCUAAACCCGCCGACCCCCACAACUUCGCUCAGGAACUGUUUGACAAGACUCUGGAGAGGAUGACUCACAGUAAUCAGGAGGAUCGGAAGAGCGAGAGGGGGAGCAAGGCUAAACGGACAGUUCCCAGUAGGAAGACCGGGGCUUCGCUCUCCACCAGAUCUAGUCUCAUUUACUCUUCCGAUAAUGAGAACAGUGAUACUCAGGAUAUAAGCUCGGAGAGUGAUGUUUCGUUGCCUCCUUAGCAACAAGCAUAUCUCCUUAGUAACGUGUGCUUAUCUACUUAACAACAAGCAUAUCUCUCCUUAGCAAAUAUCAUAUCUCCUUAACAACCAUCACACCUGGGUGGGUAUCUAGCUCUGGUUUCCAAAACAAUACAAUCUCACUGCAGAGACUAGAAAGUUAAGUGACGUACUGUGCGGAAUAGGGGGGCUUAUAUGAACGCUUGGUCGUGAGACGACGCCGAAAAAAUCAAAAUAUGUUUUGAUUUGCCGAUUUUGGUUUAGUUUCGAUACAUUCAGAGAAAUAAAAAGACGGGUAUUAAGAAGGCUGGAUGAUGCAAAUGUGUUGAUUGAGAAUUGAGUGAGAGAUGAACAUUGAAUGAUAUUUUAUUAUUUGGUACAGGCUACCUUCACACAAUAAUUACUUAGAAUAGAGCAAGUGUAGUAGGAACUUUUAAAUAAUUAUCGUAUUUUCUAAUUCCUCUGAUGGAGUAAAAUAUGUGACCAUUUCAUUUUCAGAUGUCAGUUUUAAAAAACUGUUUUUUCUUCUUCGUUAGAGGAUUUAUUAGGGUUUUCCGGUAGUGGUAGCCUUUUGAAUUUCAAACGGAUAAAAUCUCGGAAACUCUUAGCAAUUCGCGUACAAGAUUAUAUCAUAAAAUUUUAUAAUCAAUAUUCAGAAAAAAAAUGUUUCAUUUCUUACGCG